AUGUCGGUAAGGCCAGAACCUAAAGUAGACGUUCCUAAGGGUGACUACCAAAAGGGUGCCAAACUUUUUAAGGCGAAGUGUGCGCAAUGCCACACGAUAAAUAAAGGUGGAGCGGUAAAGCAGGGCCCUAACCUACACGGGUUCUAUGGAAGAAAAUCUGGAGAAGCGGAUUUCCCAUAUUCAGAUGCAAAUAAGAACUCAGGUAUUGUCUGGUCGGAUAAGCAUUUGUAUGAAUAUCUACUGAACCCUAAGUUGUACAUACCAGGAACGAAAAUGAUUUUUGCUGGAAUUAAAAAGGAGAAGGAAAGAGCAGAUUUGAUUGAGUAUUUGAAGAAGGCUUCUUCAGAAUGA